GCCGGAGUGGGGGCGUCACGCGGCGACCUUCUCCGCGCAUGCGCCAGGAGGAGAGCGGGGCGACGUUGAGAAGAACAAUCAUUAUUGGAAUAAUCACCGAUCUGUUCUGUGAUACCUUUGGUGAAUGGAUGUCACUCCACAGAUCUUCCAUUAUGAGGAAAACCUGAGCUCCUUCAGAUUAUUCGGGAUGAAAUACUGUGCAGCUUAUAUAUAAAUCCUGGGGCUUCAGUUUAUUCCUGUGACUUACCUAUACUUUUUGUAUGGACAGACAUGGAAGCUGAAUCAACAAUACCAAUUUGGCAGAACAAACCCCAUGGUUCAUCUCGCAGUUUUGUGAGAAGAAUUGGAACAAGCCUUCCUUUAAAACCAUGUCCCAGAGCUUCCUUCCAGCCACUACCAGACAUUUCUGAUUUCUAUUUCAAUGACAUCCCCCCUGUUCCCACUCUGGCAGAUGUUGCCUGGAUUGCCUCCGAUGAUGAAGAAACCUAUGCCAGAGUCAGGACAGACACACGUCCAUUCAAGCACAGAUGGAAACCCACGCCAUUCUUUGUUAUUCAGCGGAAUGCUUCGGUCCCAAAUCUGAGGAAGCAAGAAGAAAAAUUGUUGGCGCUGAGGAAACCAUGUUUACCUGCCUUGAGUCGAACCACAGAACUCCAGGAAGAAUUGAGUCACCUGCGGAGUCAGAUCGCUAAAAUUGUUUCUGGAGAUUCAGCUUCCUCUUCAUUAACGCCAGAGUUAUUAUCUCCAGGAAGUUCAAAUGUGUCUUCUCCCUUGCCCUGCUUUGGACCCUCAUUCCAGUCUACAACUUCCUUUGUCAUUAGUGACAUCACAGAAGAGGAGGCUGACUUAGAAAGUCCCGAACUUCCAUCUGUUUCCAUGCUUUGUUCUGCAACUUCUGAAUUUUGCAAAGGCGACGCGAAGGAUUCGGACGACGAUGACACGGUGUCUCUCUCAAAGGCCAGUAGUUUUGCGGAUAUGAUGGGCAUUCUGAAAGACAUUCAUAGAAUGAAACAGAACAAAGACUCGAACAGAAGUUUACUGAAAGAAGAGGAUCCUGCAAUUCUUAUAGCAGAAGUUUUAAGAAGGAAAUUUGCUUUGAAAGAUGAAGAUGUAAAUAUGAAAAAGAACUGACAGUUACGUUCAUUUCUUAUGCCUCAAUUAUUCCCUCUCUUGCUCUUCUGUGGAAUUGAAAGAAGCAACCAACCAACCAAGAACUGUUAUCUAAAGAAAAGACUUCGGGAAAACAAAAUACCUUCAAAUGUUGCUGCUUUCCUCAAUUACCUUUUCCCCAGUUUUUGAAGUUGUGAAGAAUAAGUAGUGGAACAGGAGUCGUUACACAAUCCUCCAUACCUUUUAGUAGUAUUAACGCAGCGGAGAGGCAAAAGUUUUUUGGAUGACAUUGUAUGUUUUGUAUGUCUUUGCAGUGAAGAGUGCGAUGGAAUAGCAAAUAAUAAAUCCUAUUAUAUAGA